CUGCGCGCUGGCGGCACCACAGCCUGCCGGCCACCGUCCGCGAGCCGGCCGGGGCGGGGCCGGAAGUGACCUCCGCCACUUCCGCUGCCGCCGCGGGUUUCGCUGUGAGCUUAGGCGGACCGGCGCCCGGACGCGCGAGCCAAAACUAUGAGUGAGUUUCGGAUUCACCACGACGUCAAUGAGCUGCUCAGCUUGCUGCGUGUCCACGGAGGGGAUGGUGCUGAGGUCUAUAUCGACCUGCUGCAGAAGAAUAGGACCCCAUAUGUCACUACCACUGUAUCUGCACACAGCGCCAAGGUUAAAAUAGCAGAAUUUUCUCGUACUCCAGAAGACUUUCUAAAGAAAUAUGAUGAACUGAAAUCUAAAAACACAAGGAACCUUGACCCACUGGUGUACCUGUUAUCGAAACUCACGGAAGACAGAGAGACCCUGCAGUACUUACAACAGAACGCCAAAGAGAGAGCCGAGCUCGCGGCCAGCGCUGCAGGCAGCAGCACCAGCGGCUUCAGCGGCCCCGCCACGGCCUCCAAAAUCUCCAUGCAGGAGCUGGAAGAGCUGAGGAAGCAGCUCGGCAGCGUGGCCACAGGCUCCACUCUCCAGCAGUCUCUGGAACUGACAAGAAAGUUGCUUCGAGAUAAGCAGAACAAAAAAAACUCAGGCCAGCGCCUCCCCGUCUUUCCACCUUGGGUAUACGACAGACCCACCCUCCUUGGGGACUUCCUGCCUGGCUCAGGCAUCAACACGGACAUGGCUGUGCCUAUAGGCACGCUGCCCCUGACGGCCCAGGAGUCGGCUGUGGUGGAGGACCUGCUCUACGUGCUGGUGGGUGUGGACGGCAGGUACAUCACCGCCCAGCCUCUCACCGGGAGGCAGAGCCGCACCUUCCUCGUGGACCCCAACCUCGACCUGUCCAUCCGGGAGCUGGUGAACAGGGUCCUCCCGGUGGCUGCCAGUUACUCCACGGUGACCAGGUUCAUUGAAGAGAAGUCUUCCUUCGAAUACGGGCAGGUGAACCACGCCCUGGCGGCCGCCAUGAGGGCCCUGGUGAAGGAGUACUUGAUCCUGGUCACACAGCUGGAGCAGCUGCAGAGGCAGGGCCUCCUGUCCCUGCAGAAGCUCUGGUUCUACAUCCAGCCAGCCAUGCGCACCCUGGACAUCCUGGCCUCCCUGGCCACCUCGGUGGAUAAAGGCGAGUGUGUUGGGGGGUCAACCCUGAGCCUUCUCCACGACCGGAGCUUCAACUACACGGGGGACAGCCAGGCCCAGGAGCUGUGUCUGUACCUCACCAAGGCUGCCAGCGUGCCCUACUUCGAGAUCCUGGAGAAGUGGAUCUAUAGAGGGAUAAUCAACGACCCGUACAGCGAGUUCAUGGUGGAAGAGCACGAGCUGCGCAAGGAGAAGAUCCAGGAGGAUUACAACGACAAGUACUGGGACCAGAGGUACACUGUCGUGCAGCACCAGAUCCCCUCCUUCCUACAGAAGAUGGCAGGCAAGGUCCUCAGCACAGGAAAAUAUCUGAAUGUAGUCCGAGAGUGUGGCCACGAUGUCACCUGCCCAGUGGCCAAGGAGAUCAUCUACACUCUGAAGGAGCGGGCAUAUGUUGAGCAAAUCGAGAAGGCUUUCAACUAUGCCAGCAAGGUCCUGCUGGCCUUCCUGAUGGAAGAGAAGGAGCUUGUGGCGCACCUGAGGUCCAUCAAGCGCUACUUCCUGAUGGACCAGGGGGACUUCUUCGUGCACUUCAUGGACCUCACCGAGGAGGAGCUAAAGAAGCCGGUGGACGACAUCACUCCCACCCGCCUGGAAGCGCUGCUGGAGCUGGCCCUGCGCAUGAGCACUGCCAACACGGACCCUUUCAAGGACGAUCUCAAGAUUGAUCUGAUGCCUCAUGACCUCAUCACCCAGCUCCUGCGGGUUCUGGCCAUCGAGACCAAGCAGGAGAAGGCGAUGGUCCAUGCCGACCCCACCGAGCUCACGCUGAGUGGCCUCGAGGCCUUCUCUUUCGACUACGUCGUCAAGUGGCCCCUGUCGCUGAUUAUCAAUAGGAAAGCCCUGACCCGCUACCAGAUGCUCUUCAGGCACAUGUUCUACUGCAAGCACGUAGAGCGGCAACUCUGCAGCGUCUGGAUCAGCAACAAGGCCGCCAAGCAGUGCUCCCUGCACUCCGCUAAGUGGUUUGCCGGCGCCUUCACUCUGCGGCAGCGGAUGCUCAACUUUGUUCAGAACAUUCAGUACUACAUGAUGUUUGAAGUCAUGGAGCCGACCUGGCACGUCCUCGAGAAGAACCUGAAGUCUGCGUCCAACAUCGAUGACGUGCUGGGCCACCACACGAGCUUCCUGGACAACUGUCUGAAGGACUGCAUGCUGACCAACCCGGAGCUACUCAAGGUGUUCUCCAGGCUCAUGUCCGUGUGCGUCAUGUUCACCAACUGCAUGCAGAGAUUUACGCAGAGCAUGAAGUUGGACGGUGAGCUGGGCCGCCUGAUGUUGGAGCAUGGCACAAUGCUGGGGCCGCCCACGGAGGCCGAGCGGGCAGAGGAGCGCACCCGCAAGGAGCUCGCCAGGAAGUACCUGGCUGAGCACGUGGACGCCCCGCAGCUGGCCUCCAGCUUCGAGGCCACCAUCAACAAGUUUGAUAAGAAUUUCUCAGCACAUCUGCUUGAUCUUCUGGCCCGACUGAGCCUCUACAGCACCAGUGACUGUGAGCACAGCAUGGCCAGCGUCAUCUCCAGACUUGACUUCAAUGGCUUCUACACGGAGCGCCUGGAGCGUCUGUCUGCAGAGAGGAGCCAGAAGGCAGCGCCCCAAGUGCCCGUCCCACGGGGCCCCCCGGCAUCUGCGCCCAGGGUUGCCGUCACCGCCCAGUGAGGCCAGCAGGUGUUGCAGAAGAAUGAGUUCAGAAGCCAUUACGUGAAUGAAUAUUGCUGAACCACACGUGUUUGUGUGUGUCGUUACCGUUUAAAUAUAAAGUCCGAGGGGCGUCUUGCAAGCUGCUGUCAUUGCUCAGGGCGCUAGGUUCCCUUCACAGCAGCCACCCGCACCGGGCCGGGUGCCUCCAUAGGUGUGUUUGUGUGAGUUCUUCUAUUGAAUAGGGUGAGUUUUUAAAAAUGUUUUUGUUCUCAAAUAAAGGCAAAGUGAAGGAC